AUGCUCAAUCCGUCCCAGGAACGCAUGUACAUCCUGUCGGAAUCUACACUACUCUAUGCGAUUGAGCAAGGCCAACUACCGUCCUUCCAUGAUCCCGCAACACACUUCACACGUAGCGAGAGGUCGGGUAACGCUCCACAGGAGGAGGUCGUGCAAGAGGCCAGCGAUGUACAUCCCGAGGUUUCCUCGCUGUUCCCGGCGGUAGUAUCCCCCGCAUCCACUGUCCAGACGACGGAUGCCUCGGUGGCGUCAGAGGACGCGCCCGUCAGGCUGCUUGCGAGAGCUGCUACCAGGCUCGGAAGCGAUGCGGAGGCCAGCGACCGUGUCCGCGCUGCAAGCGGAUGCACCUUCCAUGUGUCCCACGCAAGCAGCUCCCCCGCAAGGCUCGCGCACCCCGAGCUGCACAGGAUCCCGCGGUACACGCCCCCCAACAAUCUCCUGGUGAGCCUUCCGGCACCACACAAAUUCACUGAGCCUGGGUUUCUUCAAGCUGCCAGCUGCUUCCCGGCAUGGUACCCCGAUUCCGACCGGUUUGAGGGCGUGGACGCACUGCUCUCCCAGAUCGCCUCCCCCUCUUCCGACGUAUUACAUCCCGAAUACCCUGCCUACUUCGACUUUGGGCAUACGUCCGGGGGCUAUGACAAACCGCCCACCUGA